AUGCUACGGCGGACCGUUUUAAUGAUCAAACGAUCGAAAACUUGGCAUGCGAUCAAAUGCGGAAAAACGACCGAGUCGCACAAUUCACUAACCUACCUGACUUAUCGGACAAUCGCCGUCACUCACAACUCACAACGUCCUGUUUACAUUGUACCGCCGAAAGGACUUCCAAAAGUUAACCUAGCAGCAUUUUUGGUCGGCUACCUCACUGAUUCGACCUAUUCGAAAAAAGUUUCGCUGGUACUUUACGAAGUGCUGUGUGCAGCCACCUAG